UAUCGCCAUCGACGCUACAAAUUCUAAAAAUUCCAUUGACUUGAAGACGUUUUUGUUUUCGCUUUCCUAAAAAAUUUACUAUUCUUUUGCUGGAGAUCUGCUCUUUGCUUUGGACGCUUUGGCCUCUCCUUGAUCCACAAAGGCAGUGUUCUGCGUUGUAAUGUUCCAGGGAGGAUUGUCUAAGCUUUCUUUCUAGAUAUUUUUAUACGCUAUAUAGGGCUAUUGACAGAGAAGUCGAGAUCAAUUGUCUUCAAAGGGACACUGAAGCUUCAGGACUCAUUGGAGGGAGAUUCAGUGCACUGGAACAUGAUUUUGAGUUUUGCAUGGGUAUGCAUUGAGAGAAGCUGGUGUCAUGCUAUGUGAUGGAGAUGGAUUGAAGAUUACUAGAGAUGAUAUUGCUGAAAAAUAUAAGGAACGUACUGUAUCCUUGCUCUGGAAUAUAUUUGUUCGUUUACAAGUCUGCUAAACUUCUCUUUAUCUGAACUUUCAGAUGUUAAUUGUUUCUAAAGAUUGUUUGCAAUCGUUAAUCCUUUAGCUGCCACUUAUGUUUUCAUUGAUCUUGCAGUUGCCACUUCUGAUUGUCAAAACAACCAUUGGUGGGGAAAUAUCCAACAUACGUAUCUUUAAUAUGGCAAUUGGUGAAAAUUAUGGUCUUAUGAUUGAAAGCUUGUCUUCACUGGUCAAUGGAAAAGCCAUAUGGUGCGUGCUUGAUUAUUACUUCCGCAAAGAACUUUCUUGUUCGAACAAGAAUUUUCAUGAAACAAGAGGUGAGGAAUCAAUCAUGUAUGCUUCUGAUUACACAGAUGCUUCUAAAAGGUUCAAGGUCAUUCUGGCUUGCUGGCAAGAUAUUACAGAACAAAACUACAAAAGUGUUGUAAAACCUGCUGCUUCUACUUCAUCUUUCUUCCCAGCACAGAAGAUAAGCACUGACAUUUCCAGAGCAUGAGCAGAGGCUAAUUCCCACAGUUGGAGCAGCAGGUGAAACCAAAGAUGUAUUUAGAGGAAAGGAGAACCCUAGUGGAGCAUCCUGCUGAAAACUUUGAUUCGCAUUAUCAAUAUUAGUAGCUUCACCUUUGCAAAAAUUUACUUUGUUAUCCCCACUUUUCAUCUUCUCUUUAUGAUCUGAUAUUGCUUGAAAUGCACAAAUGAUCUCUGAUUUCUAUCUUGUAUUUCUCUGAUUUUCAGGUGAUACACUUGGUUCUUUUGUAUAUGUUCCAUGUGAAGUGAUUAAGCAACGCAUGCAAAGACAAGAUUUCAGACAUGGAAAUCGAGGAUAAGGUUUUGAGACAACAAGCUUUGCUGAGUGCACCUAGUAGAAAAAUGUCAUCUCAAUUGUCAUUUACAACACCUGCACCUGUGCAAAAUGCUCCUCAAGUAAGUGAAGAUUGAAUAGACUGGAUAAUUAACUCUACUUCAGUUGAAUUCUAGUCCAUCAAUUAGGUUCGGUAGAUAAGAUAGUAAAAUGAGGAGAUCCAAGACUGAAGUGCCACAAGUAUGAAUCCAGACGAUAUGGAACUCAUUUUUACAUUCCUACUUUUGUUUUCAAGAUUUUGUGGUGGAUGGAAUUUCUGGGGAUUAAUUUUUGAUGUAUGUAUCACCUAGACUAAAUUAUAGAGAACAAUGUCAAAUUACAUUACAUUUAAUUUUAAUGUUUAUAAAUUUUAAUCUA